AUGGUUUUUUGUUUGUUCUUCCACUGAAAUCCCUAGCUUAGUUGCAGACUGGCACAUAUGCAUGUACUGUAUGACUUUGGUGGUGUUUAUGUCCCGCGUACAGAGCUGGCAGGCUACCAGUUCCCAGUGGAGGAAGACGAUGAGCAGUCACCCAAACACCAGCCACCCAACCUCUCCAAACAACCAACUGCCUCUGCCCUCAAGAAAACGCAGCCACAACUCUCCGCUAAAAGUCAAAAAGAAGACUCCAGCAUUCAGAGAAAGGGUGGAGAUAAUCAAUGUUGAUGACGGGAACGGAAGGGGCAGCUCUGAUAAUCUGACUGAUUUCGUUCAUCCCAGCAACAUGGAGUUCAGUGAGGAAGUUCUUCAAGGAAGAAGAGUUGCUUUUCACACCAUCCCAAAGGAGGCUCCCCUGAAGAUUGCCAUUCGAGGUGGCACAGACACUCCACUGGGAGGACAGAUACUCAUCUCCAGGAUUCUGGAAGGUGGAGCAGCAGAGCAAUAUGGUCGACUGAAUGUGGGAGACCAGCUACUGGUGUGUGAUGGAGUCAGUCUUCUUGAGGUGACCCAUGACGAGGCCGCACAGGCUCUCAAAGAUGCCAUGGAUAUGGAGUCGAACUCUAUAGAUCUGGUGGUGGCAGUCAACCCUGACUUUGACACCGGAGAAGAGCUAGUCAGAUCCCCACAGACCAUGUGGCCACCGAAAAGGGAGGAUACAGUACUGGAGGAGCCAGCCGCAGGAACCAGGCACGACUUUUCCCACUCUGCUCGUCGUGCCCACUCUGGUUUCACACUGAGAGGAAAGGAUAACCAGGUGUCUGCAAAGGCUCACGCUUUUCUACCAAGUUCCACUGGACAACAGUAUAUAGCUUAGGGGGAGAAAACAUUAUGUAUACCAAACGGCUAUGUUUACGUUCAUGCGCGCGCGUGUCACGCCACGCAGGGGCUGGACGCGAAUUCAUGCCGCACCCACAAAUCGCUGGCACGCCCAAAGUAGUCGGGAGCUCACCACGAAGUCAGUGUUUUCUCGGCAGCUAUUCGGAGCAAGCAGCAUCCAGAAGCCGUGAGUAUAUACCCCAACACUUACACACAUAAUAGUUCCUCAAGUUGGCUACGCUUAGAUACCCCCCCGGUGUUAGUACCGCGUUUUCUGCAACCGGGAGAAAAGCGUGCUCACAGAGAAGGGCGUGGCCACAAUGGCUACUCCGCGCAGCACUACGGCCGCGGCCGACCAGGAGUCUCGCGAAUUAGGUGAAGACGAUCUAAAAGUUAUAUCUGAAGCCCUUCAUCCAAUGGCCGAGAAGUAUUUAUUUUUCGGUAUACAAAUCAACGUGAUGAUGACUGAAAUCGAGAAAAUUCAGAAACAAUAUACCAAUCCGAACGAAUGUCUCCUCAAAAUCUUAUCCGUUCGUUUGAAGCAGGAUCCAGGUCUCACAUGGAAAGAUAUUGAAACAGCGCUCAAGUCAGAUAUUGUCGGUGAGGGUAAGUUAGCUGACAGAAUAAUGAAAAAAUAUGUCAGUCCUGAUCCUAGCAUUGUAGCUAGUUUAUCCCAAGGUAAAACAUCAGAAACAGCAAAAUAAAAGGA